AUGUACCUUCUGAGAUCUCCCCUAAACCAGGGUGUUGGCCGUCUAGGUACAGGAUGUCGGAGACAAGCAAUUGGAAGUCAUCGUUUGAGGCCAUGCUGGAAAAUUUAUACACAAAAGCGUCGUCUUCACCUAGACAGCUUUCUGCAAGGAAAUUCCGCAGAUUAUAUGGAAGACAUGUAUACGGAAUGGCGGAGGGACCCUGCUUCAGUUGAUGCCUCAUGGAAAGGAUAUUUUGAGGCAAUCGAAGCUGGGAAGCAGCCACCUGAACAUUUACUUCAACCUCCCCAGGAUGUAUCGUUUGAAUGGGGCCCAGGGACCUCGCCAAUGCUUCCAGGCCUGAAUAUUUCCGCGAAAAACCUGCCCAUUCCCUCAAGAGCAGGUGACGAUCAAGCCAGAAUACAGCGACUUGUUCGAGCAUUCCAGGACUUUGGUUACCAGAUGGCAAAGACCAACCCCCUGGAUCUACCAGACAAACCACCGUCACCACCAGAACUCCAACUGGGUUUCUAUGGCUUUACCGAGAAAGACUUGGAACGAGAGUUUGCAAUAGGACCCCAAGUUCUCCCUUCAUUUAGAUCAACAAACCACCAAUACAUGACUCUCCGUGGUAUCCUCAAGGCAUGCGAAUCCAUUUAUUGUGGCUCGAUUGGGGCUGAGUAUUUACACACCGCAACCCAUGAGGAGCGAGACUGGAUUCGUGAGCGAAUUGAAUCCCCCAGACCAUAUCAGUUCCCAGCAGAGGAAAAGAAGAAAAUCCUAGACCGGCUGGUGUGGUCUACAAAUUUCGAGAAAUUCCUCGCUGCCAAAUUUCCGAACGCAAAACGGUUCGGACUCGAGGGCGUCGAGAGCCAGCUUCCAGCGGUGAAGGCAGUGAUCGAUGCCUCCGCAGAGCAUGGUGUGCGAAAUAUCAUAUUCCCAUGCUGUCAUCGUGGGAAAUUGAAUGUUCUGAGCAAUCUCACACGAAAGCCAAAUGAACUGAUUUUCAACGAGUUCUUGGGCGAAUUGAAAUCCCGACAUGGUAUUCCAGGAGAUGUGAAGUACCAUCUGGGAAUGAACUACGAGCGUGAGACACCCACCGGAAAGAAGGUCAAUAUUUCUAUCCUCCCAAAUCCAUCCCAUUUGGAAGCCCAGGAUCCCGUUGCUCAGGGUAUGGCCCGAGCUGUGCAGCAGCAGAAUAAAGAAGACCGAGCAUCAACUAUGGUCUUUAACAGUCACACCGAUGCUGCAUUUUCCGGACAGGGGGUCAUCUAUGAAACUUUGGGACUAUCUGGGUUGAAGUCGUAUGAGACUGGCGGAACUAUCCAUUUGAUCGUCAACAAUCAAGUCGGAUUCACCACAGACCCGGAGUCUGCACGAACAUCAUCCAAUGUAUCUGACAUAGCAAAGGGCAUCAGCGCACCUGUUUUCCACGUCAAUGCCGAUGAUGUUGAAGCUGUUGUGUUUGUCUGCAAGCUCGCGGUAGACUACCGUGCCAAAUUCGCGAAAGACUGUUUCGUCGAUAUGAUCUGUUAUCGGAAGAAUGGACACAACGAGAUGGAUCAGCCGUCUUUUACGCAGCCCUUGAUGUAUCAGCAAAUUGCAAACAAAAUCACCCAAUUGGACCUUUACACCACCAAGCUAGCACUAGAAGGAGUGGUCACUCGUGGACAAGUCACGCAGAUGGAAGCAGACGUGUGGUCGAAACUGAGCGAGAGCCUCGCAAAUGCCAGGAAUUCACAGACCCUCGAACGCGAAUAUCUCACACCACCAUGGAAAGACAUGAAAAAGCCCAAUGAAGUGUCUCGGGAAGUCUAUCUGGCCAAAUCAACCUCUAUCACGCAAGAUCUCGUCAAUACGGUGGCAAGUAAGAUGGGUAUCCCAGAGCAACCGUUCACCCUGCACAAAAGCUUGCCUAAAGUCCUCCAAAAGCGACAACAAAGUUUAACGGAGGGAAGAGAAAUUGACUGGGCUACGGCAGAGGCCCUGGCAAUGGGAAGUCUGUGUCUCGAAGGUCAUCAUGUGCGGAUUUCAGGCCAAGAUGUCGAGCGUGGCACAUUCUCGCAGCGUCACGCAGUGCUCCAUGACCAAAAUAGCGGGUCAACAUUUACUCCUCUCGACUCACUGAGUCCCAGCCAAGCCCGAUUUACAGUUGGAAAUUCUUCCCUCAGUGAAUUCGGGGUCAUGGGGUUCGAUUACGGAUACUCUUGUAUGCACCCUAAUGCGUUGGUGAUGUGGGAGGCACAAUUUGGCGAUUUUGCAAAUAAUGCCCAAUGCAUAAUUGAUCAGUUCAUUUCAUCUGGCGAGUCCAAAUGGUUACUGAGAUCUGGUCUUGUAUUGUCUCUACCUCACGGGUUUGAUGGACAAGGAUCUGAGCAUUCCUCUGCUCGUAUGGAACGCUUCCUACAGUUGUGUAAUGAGGAUGCUCGCUUCUUCCCAUCGCCAGAGAAAUUGGCGAGACAGCAUCAAGAUGCCAAUAUUCAAGUUGUAUACAUGACUACUCCUGCAAACAUGUUCCACGUGCUCAGACGACAGCUACACCGUGAGUUCAGAAAACCACUGAUUAUGUUCUUCUCAAAAUCCCUUCUUCGGAACCCGAUGGCAAAAUCCAACAUUGGGGAUUUCAUGGGAGACUCAAAAUUCCAGCCUCUGAUUCCAGACCCGGCCCAUGGGAAAUCCAUUUCUAACCCUUCUGAUAUCAAGCGAGUGAUAUACUGCACGGGACAAGUCUACAUGGCCCUGUCAAAGUAUCGUGAGGCCCAUAACAUUACGGAUACAGCCAUCACCCGCAUUGAACAACUUCAUCCAUUCCCUUGGGAGCAGGUAAAAGAAAAUCUCGAGCAGUACCCGAGCGCCUCGGAUUUCGUAUGGUGUCAAGAGGAAUCCCUCAAUGACGGCCCAUGGGCAUUCGCUCGAAGCCGACUUGAGACUAUCUUUGAUACGACGGAGCAACACAGGGGCCGUCGGGUACGCUUUGCGGGGCGCGAAGCAACGGCUAGUGUGGCUACAGGGUUCGUCAAGGAACAUCAUGCGCAAGAAGCUGCUUUGCUGAGGGAUGCUUUCCAAUCUCUCUAA